AUGGCCGAUAUACAGAAUCGAAUUGGUCUUCGUGGUGAAGGUACUAAAGGAAAAGGUACAAAUGAUCCAGCGAAGUUUCUACCUCAAUUACCCGAAGUGCGUGUUAAGCCACAAUGGACAACACCUCGACCACCAUUAUUUGUUCCCGGAAAGAGUAAACUUAACGAAGUGGCAACGGAAAAUGAGCGAUUUUUACAAGAACUUCUCGAAAAUGAUCCAAAACGAAAACGACUUCAUGGACCAGUACGUAGCCCUGAUGCAAAAGCACUUGAAGUUGCCCAUCGUAAAAUGGUUGAUACAAAAAAACAACGUGAAGAUUUUCGUAAAGCUCUUGUUGACAUUGUUACUCAUACAGAAAAUAAUGGUGGCAAUGAUUUGAAUGAUUUAUAUAUGAAUGAGAAUGAUAAUCCACCAGGUUCUUCUGAAAUGUUAACAUCCGUUGAAAAAGAUAUUCUUCGUUAUCAUUUCUAUGUUCGUAAUGGUAUUGAUACAGAAUAUGUUGCUGAAUUAGAUGAACAUCGAAUAAAUGAUACACUUGCACGUCUUCCAAAUGAUUUACGACAAAGUUGGGAACCACUAGUUAAUACUCUUACAGACGAAAUGAAAGAAGAUUAUUUAUUAAGCGUUAAAAAAGCAAUUGUUGAUUUUGUUCUUCGUGAUCCACAUGAAGCACAACAAGAACCUAAAGAAGAAACUCUUCCACAUCGUCAAGAAAUCGCUAUUUUACCAAAACCAUGGCAUGCAGCAUUUGUUAAUGCACAAAAAUUUAUUGAAAAAAAUCUUCAUUCAAUUAAUCCAGCUAUGGCACAAGUUUUAUCAAUGUGGCAUAAAAAUGUUUUCAAAAAAUUAAGAAUUAUUGAUUGUGAUGAAUUUCGUGAACGAACAGAAGCUAUUGAACUUUCGACUUUUCAUACAGUUUGUAAACGACAUAUGGAUUCAGCAAGAGAACAAUUAGCUAAACGAUGGAUAAGUGAUAUUCAGACAGUAUUUUAUCAAGGCCAUAAACGAGGAAUUGUUCCCAGUCAAGAUGAUCCAAAAUUUCGUUCAUUUUUUAAUACUGUUGCAACAUUAAUGACACAAUGUUUACAAGAUAUGGCAUUAUUUACUAUUGAUGAUUAUACAAAUUUACUUAUAACACCACCUGAAUCAAUUGAAAAUUAUGAACAUAGUGGUUUUAUUGUUAAUAUGUUUUUAAGUGACGAAGGAAUCAAAUUUGAACCAUCACUUAGUGAUUUUGAAACAGUUUUUCUUUCAAUGUACGAUUUAAUUAUUGCUAAAUGUAGUAAUUUACCAAGAAUAGAAUCAAAAUUAUUUUCUGAUCGUGCUGCCAAUCAAAAUGAUAGUCAAAAUUUAACACCUGUUAUACUUUCAUCAAUAUUGGAAACACAUAAAGAACGUGUACGUGAAAUGUUACAAUUAGAAUUUGAAGGUCCAACUGAACAUGCAUCAACAUUUGAACCAUAUAAUGUUUUAAUAACAAAACAGGCUGAUGCUGAUGUUGAACAAUUUUUAAGUGAAGAACAUUCAUUUAAUGGUUAUAUACAAGAAGUAUUAAAAUAUAAAGGAAAAAUUGAUGAAAUAACAUAUGGUCUUGAAAAAAUUGUUCGUCGUGGAAUGUUUGAAAUACAUUGUAAUGAUUUAAUACGUUCAUUAGCUAAACGAGCAGAAGUAUGUAUGAAUCGUUUACUUGAGCGAAUGGUUAAAGUUCAUCGAGAAUUGGGUGAAGAAUUAAUUGGUCAAUUUGAACGUAUUGCUGAACAAGCUGUACGUACACCAAUGAGUACAGCUGAAUUAAUGGAAAUAGUUGCAUUUUUAACAAAAUCUAAAACUCAAACAAUACCUGAUCUUGAAAAACGUCUUGUUCAAGCUAAAGAUGAAUUACUUUUUCUACUUGAUCAUACAGAAUUACCACCAGCAGAUUUACGUUUAAAUACACAAAUGUUUUCAUGGAUUGAACGUAUGCCAGCUGCAUUUGAAGAACAUGCAACGAUUGCAAAAGAAAAAACUGAACAAUUUAAAGAAGGUUUAACAUUAAAACGUGAACGUUUUGUUGAAGAACUUGAUAAUUAUGCUAAACAAGUUGAAGAACUUCAAGAAAUGGGUAAUAUUAAAGAAUUACCACGUUAUUAUAAAAAAGCUCAAUAUCUCGAACAAAAAUUAACACAAGCUGCUGAUCGAAUUGAACAAUUUAAUAUUGAAGAAGAAGCAUUUAAAUGGGACACAACAAGCUAUCCUAUUCGUCAGCAAACACUAAAUCAAUUACAACCAUAUUUGAAAUUAUAUGAAACUGGUGUUGAAUUUACAAAUAAACUUGUUGAUUGGACGGAAGGUCCAAGAAGUAAAGUUCAACCUGAUGUCGUCGAGCAAGAUGUUGGUAAUUAUGAACGACAAUUGUUUAAACUUGAACGACAAUUUAAUAAUAGUCCUCAACCACGUAAAAUGGCGAAUCGUUUACGUAUACAAGUUGGAGAAUUUAAAGAAAAAAUGCCAUUAAUUCAAACAUUAUUCAAUCCUGGUUUACGUGAUCGUCAUUGGGAACAAAUAUCAGCUAUUAUUGGACGUCCAUUUAAACCAGAUGAUGAUACAAAUUUAAAUAAAGUUAUUGAAAUGGAUUUAAUGUCACAUAUACCUAAACUUGAACAAAUAAGUGAAGCAGCAUCAAAAGAAUUUUCAUUAGAAAAAGCUAUGGAAAAAAUGAAAAAAGAUUGGCAAAAUAUUGAAUUCUCAAUAAUUCCUUAUCGUGAAACUGGUACUUAUGUUUUAUCAGCUGUUGAUGAUAUUCAAUUAUUACUUGAUGAUCAUAUUGUUAAAACUCAAACAAUGAAAGGUUCACCAUAUAUUGGACCAUUUCAAAAAGAAAUUUUAGAUUGGGAACGUAUUAUGACUAUGAUGCAAGAUAUUCUUGAUGUUUGGUUAACUGUACAAAAGAAUUGGCUUUAUCUUGAACCAAUUUUUAGUAGUCCUGAUAUUAUGGCACAAAUGCCUGAAGAAGGUCGUCGAUUUGCAUCCGUUGAUAAAACAUGGCGUGAAUUAAUGAAAACAUGUUUAGAAGAUAAACAUGCAUUAGUCAUUGUUAAAAUUGAUAAAAUGUUAGAAAAAUUAAAAAAAUCUGAUGCUUCAUUAGAACUUAUUCUUAAAGGUCUUAAUGCAUAUCUUGAAAAGAAACGUCUAUUCUUUGCUCGUUUCUUCUUUUUAUCAAAUGAAGAAUUAUUAGAAAUUCUAUCUGAAACGAAAGAUCCAACUCGUGUUCAACCUCAUUUACGUAAAUGUUUUGAGGGUAUUGAUAAAGUACAAUUUACUGAAAGUCUUGAUAUUACACAUAUGAAAUCUAGUGAAGGUGAAAUUGUAGAAUUAAAAGAAACAAUUUCAACAUCAAAAGCUCGUGGUCAAGUAGAAAAAUGGUUAUCAGAAUUAGAAAGUAUUAUGAUUACAUCCGUUCAUAAAGUUAUUGCUGAUUCAAUGGUUGAUUAUCAAAAGAAACGUCGUGUUCUUUGGGUUCGAUCAUGGAUGGGUCAAGCUGUUUUAGCUGUUUCAAUGUAUUACUGGACAAUGCAUAUUCAUCGAUCGAUUGUCGAAGGACAAGCAGCACUUGAAGCAUAUUUACAAUUAAAUAAUGAUCAAAUUAAUGAAAUUGUCGAACUUGUACGUGGUAAAUUAUCGGAACAAAAUCGUGCAACAUUCGAAGCUCUUGUUGUACUUGAUGUACAUGCACGUGAUGUUUUAACAACAUUAGUUGAUGCAAAAGUUUCAAAAGAAGAUGAUUUCUUAUGGUUAGCACAACUUCGAUAUUAUUGGGAGGAAGAAAGUUUAUUAACACGUAUGAUUAAUGCAAGUUUAAAAUAUGGUUAUGAAUAUCUUGGUAAUUCUUCUCGACUUGUUAUUACACCAUUAACUGAUCGAUGUUAUCGUACACUAUUUUCUGCUUUACAUUUACAUUUGGGUGGUGCACCAGAAGGUCCAGCUGGAACAGGAAAAACUGAAACAACAAAAGAUUUAGCUAAAGCAGUUGCUAAACAAUGUAUUGUCUUCAAUUGUUCCGAUGCUAUGGAUUAUAAAGCAUUGGGAAAAUUUUUCAAAGGUCUUGCAUCAUGUGGAGCUUGGUCUUGUUUUGAUGAAUUCAAUCGUAUUGAUCUUGAAGUAUUAUCUGUCGUUGCUCAGCAAAUUUUAAUUAUUCAACGUGGUAUUACAUCAGGUGCUGACAUGAUUCAUUUUGAAGGUACUGAUAUUAGACUUGAUCCAACUUGUGCUACAUUUAUUACUAUGAAUCCUGGUUAUGCGGGUCGAUCUGAAUUACCAGAUAACUUAAAAGCUCUUUUCCGACCAGUAGCUAUGAUGGUUCCGGAUUAUAGUAUGAUUGGUGAAAUUAAAUUAUAUUCUUCUGGUUUCGUUAAUGCUCGACCAUUAGCCGUUAAAAUCGUUGCAACAUAUCGUUUAUGUUCUGAACAAUUAUCAUCUCAACAUCAUUAUGAUUAUGGUAUGCGUGCUGUCAUAUCCGUUUUAAUUGCUGCAAAAAAUCUUAAAUUAAAAUAUCCCGAUCAAAAUGAAGAUAUUCUUGUUUUACGUUCAAUUAUUGACGUUAAUUUACCGAAAUUUUUAGCUGGUGAUUUACCAUUAUUUGCUGGUAUCACAAGUGAUUUAUUUCCUGGUGUUAAAUUACCAACACCAGAUUAUGAACAUAUGAAUAUUGCUGUUGAACAAGCAUGUAAAGAUUCUAAUUUACAAUGUACACCAUUUUUCUUAGAAAAAAUUCAACAAAUCUAUGAAAUGAUGAUUGUAAGACAUGGUUUUAUGAUUGUUGGAGGACCAAUGGGUGGAAAAACAAGUGCUUAUAGAACAUUAGCAUCAGCAUUAGCUAUUCUCCAUGAAAAAGGACAAAUGGAUGAAAAUAAAGCAGAAUACACAGUUAUUAAUCCAAAAUCAGUUACAAUUGGUCAAUUAUAUGGUCAAUUUGAUCCUGUAAGUCACGAAUGGAGUGAUGGUGUUUUAGCUGUUAAUUAUCGUAAAUUUGCUAUAUCAACAACACCUGAUCGUAAAUGGUUAUUAUUCGAUGGUCCUGUUGAUGCUAUUUGGAUUGAGAAUAUGAAUACUGUAUUAGAUGAUAAUAAAAAAUUAUGUUUAAAUAGUGGUGAAAUUAUUCAAUUAGCAAAAACAACGAAUUUAGUUUUUGAACCUAUGGAUCUUGAACAAGCAUCACCUGCUACUGUUUCACGUUGUGGUAUGAUCUAUAUGGAACCAGCUUCACUUGGUUGGCGUCCUAUAUUUACUUCAUGGUUAAAUAUGGCUCCACCAACAUUAAAUGAAAGUCAUAAAAAAUUAAUUGUUGAAUUAUUUGAACGUUUUAUUGAUCCAUGUAUUGCUUAUUUACGUAAAGGUGGUUUGAAAGAAUUAUCACCAACAAGUGAUUCAAAUCUUGUACGUUCACUAAUGAAUAUACUCGAUUGUCAAUUUGAUAAAUUUGAAGAUCCAAAAAAAGUUGCAUCUUAUGUAACAAAAGAAAUCUUUGCAUGGAUUGAAGGAAUGUUUUUAUUCGCAUUAAUUUGGUCAAUUGGUAUUACAGGUGAUACAAAUAGUCGAGUUAAAUUUGAUUUAUUUUUACGUAAAAUAAUUGCAUCUGGUAUUAAUGAUGAAGAGAAAAAAGAUUAUGGUCUUUUGGAUUCUGUUCCACCACCACCAAAACCAUAUACAGCUGUAUUACCAGAUAAUUUAACUAUUUAUCAUUAUCAAUUUGUUUCUGAACAACCAGAAGAUGAUAGUAAUCAAGAAAAACCAGCUGAUGCUGAAGAAGGUAAUCAAUAUUGGGUACCAUGGUCAUAUCAACUUCAUAGUGUUCCACCAAUAUCAAAAGAUACACUUUUUAAUGAAAUUAUUGUUGAAACAUUAGAUACAGUACGUUUUACAACAUUACUUAAUAUGCUUAUAACACAUCAAAAAUCUGUACUUGUUGUUGGUCCAACUGGUACGGGUAAAUCAGCUUAUAUUAUUGAAUAUUUAUUACGUAAAUGUGAUAAAGCUGUAUAUAAACCAAUAUUUAUUAAUUUUUCGGCACAAACAAGUGCAGGUCAAUCACAAGAUAUAAUUAUGUCAAAAUUAGAUAAACGACGAAAAGGUGUUUAUGGUCCACCCGUUGGACAAAAAUGCGUCGUUUUUGUUGAUGAUCUUAAUAUGCCACAAGUUGAAGCAUAUGGAGCUCAACCACCAAUUGAAUUAUUACGUCAAUGGCUUGAUCAUGGUAAUUGGUAUGAUCGAAAAGAUCAAUCACGUAUUGGUCUUACUGAUAUGCAACUUAUUUGUGCGAUGGGACCCCCAGGUGGUGGUCGUAAUGCGGUAACAGCACGUUUUCUACGUCAUUUUAAUACACUUGGUAUUAAUGAAUUUGAUGAUAAAGUAUUAACAACUAUUUUUACUAAAAUUAUGGAAUGGCAUAUAUCGACUAAAAAUUUUAAUGAUCAAUUUAAACUUGUUAUUCCAAUGAUUGUUCAAGCUACACUUAAUAUAUAUAAAGCUGCUCUUCUUGCACUUCUUCCAACUCCGGCUAAAUCACAUUAUCUAUUUAAUUUACGUGAUUUCUCACGUGUUAUUCAAGGUCUUUCAUUAAGUGAUCCUGAAUCAUGUCCAGAUCCAGCAGCAAUGAAACGUAAUUGGAUUCAUGAAAUUCUUCGUGUAUUUUAUGAUCGUUUAAUUGAUGAUGAAGAUCGUAAAUGGUUAUAUGAACAAGUUAUCAAAACUUCCAAAGAAGUUUUACGUGAAAAUUUUCAUCAAUUAUUAGGACAUUUAGAUGUUGAAAAAUCUGGUACUGUUUCAGAAGAUAAUUUACGUAGUUUAAUCUAUUGUGAUUUUGGUGAUCCGAAAAACGAUCAAAAACGUUAUUUAGAAGUAACAAAUUUAGAACAAUUACGUACAGUUAGUGAAACAUAUCUCGAAGAAUUUAAUCAAAUGUCAAAAAAACCAAUGAAUCUUGUUUUGUUUCGUUUCGCUAUUGAACAUGUUUCACGUGUAUCACGUAUUAUAAAACAACCUCGAUCACAUGCAUUAUUAGUUGGUGUUGGUGGUUCCGGUCGACAGUCAUUAACACGUCUUGCAGCACAUAUGUCUGAGAUGGACACAUUUCAAGUUGAAAUAUCUAAAAGUUAUACAACUAAUGAAUGGCGUGAAGAUUUAAAACGUGCCUUACGUAAAGCAACUGAAACAGAUAAUCAUCUUGUCUUUCUUUUCUGUGAUACACAAAUUAAAGAUGAAUCAUUCUUAGAAGAUGUUAAUAAUUUAUUAAAUAGUGGUGAAGUACCAAAUCUAUUUCCAGCUGAUGAAAAAGCUGAAAUUUGUGAUAAAAUGAGAAUACUUGAUAGACAACGUGAUAAAAGUAAACAAACCGAUGGUAGUCCAUUAGCAUUAUUUAAUAUGUUUAUUCAACGAUGUCGUGAUCAAUUACAUAUUGUACUUGCAAUGAGUCCGAUUGGUGAUGCAUUUCGUAGUCGUUUAAGAAAAUUUCCAUCAUUAGUUAAUUGUUGUACAAUUGAUUGGUUUCAAAGUUGGCCUGAAGAUGCUUUAGAAGCAGUUGCACAAAAAUUUCUUGAAGAAACUGAUAUGACUGAUGAAGAACGUCGAUCAUGUAUAGAUAUAUGUAAAUAUUUUCAUGUUAGUACACAAACAGUUUCAAAACGUUUUCUUGCUGAACUUGAUCGACAUAAUUAUGUCACACCAACAUCCUAUCUUGAAUUAAUUAAUACAUUUAAAAAUUUACUUGAAAAACGUCGUUCAGCAUUAUUAGCAGCACGAACACGUUAUGAAGUUGGUUUAGAAAAACUUGAAAAUGCUGCAUCACAAGUUGGUAAAAUGCAAAAAACUUUAGAAAAUUUACAACCACAACUUGUUGAGAUGGAUAAAAAAGUUGAUGAAACAUUAGUUAUUGUUGAAAAAGAAAAAACGGAAGCUGUUAAACAAGAACAAUUUGUACGUGUCGAUGAAGAAAAAGCUAAUGAACAAAAAGCAGGAGCUGAUAAAAUCAAAGCUGAAUGUGAUUUAGAAUUAGAAGCAGCUAUGCCAGCAUUUAAAAAAGCAACUGAAGCUUUAAAUACAAUUAAACCUGAACAAAUUGCUGAAAUGAAAGCCAUGAAAAAUCCACCAGGUGCAGUUAAAACUGUUAUGGAAGCUAUCUGUAUAUUACUUGGUGAACAAGCUGAAAAAGUUGUUGAUCCAGCUACUGGCCAACGUAAAGAUGAUUGGUGGAAAACAUCAGUUCGUGUUCUGGGUACUUCAGGUUUUCUUAAAACAUUAUUAACUUAUAAACGUGAUGAAAUUCCACCACAAUUAAUGAAAAAAAUUCGAGAUAAAUAUGUACCUGAUCCAAAUUUUCAACCAGAAAAAGUUGAAACUGUUUCACAAGCUUGUGCUGGUUUAGCAAAAUGGACAAUGGCUAUGGAUAAAUAUGAUGUUGUAGCUAAAAUUGUAGCACCAAAAAAAUUAGCUUUAGCAGCUGCAGAAGCUCAAGUUGCUUCAGCUGAAGCUAUUUUAGUUGAGAAACGUGCACAUUUAAGAACUGUACAGGAAAAAUUAGCUGUUCUACAAAGAAAUCUUGAUGCUAAUUUAGCGAAAAAAGAUGAAUUAUCUAAACAAGUUGCGGAUUGUAAAACAAAAUUAACACGUGCCGAAACUUUAAUUGGUGGACUUGGUGGAGAAAAAACACGUUGGAUGCAAGCUGCAAAAGAUUUAACACAUCAAUAUGAUAAUCUUAUUGGUGAUAUACUUUUAUCAAGUGGUAUUAUUGCUUAUUUAGGAGCAUUUACUGCUGUUUUCCGUCAAGAUAUGAUUAAUGAAUGGAAUAAAUUAAUUGAAGAAAGAAAUCUUCCACGUUCUGCAGUAUUUUCACUUGUUGGUACACUUGGAGAACCAGUUGUUAUUCGAGCAUGGAAUAUUGCUGGAUUACCUAGUGAUGCAUUUUCAGUUGAAAAUGGUAUCAUACAAAGUAACUCACGACGAUGGCCGUUAAUGAUCGAUCCACAAGGACAAGCAAAUAAAUGGAUUAAAAAUAUGGAAAAACCAAAAAAUUUACAUAUUAUUAAACCUUCCGAUUCUGAUUAUGUACGUGUACUUGAGAAUUGUAUUCAAUUUGGACAUCCAGUUUUAAUGGAAAAUGUCGGUGAAGAAAUUGAUCCAAUGCUUGAACCAUUACUUCUUAAACAAACAUUUAAACAAGGUGGUAGUCUAUGUAUUAAACUUGGUGAUUCAGUUAUUGAAUAUUCACCAGAUUUUCGUUUUUAUAUGACAACAAAAUUACGUAAUCCACAUUAUUUACCUGAAACUGCUGUUAAAGUUGUCCUACUCAAUUUCAUGAUUACAUUCGAAGGUCUUCAAGAUCAAAUUUUAGGUAUUGUCGUUGCACGUGAACGUCCUGAAUUAGAAGAAGAAAAAAAUUCUUUAAUUAUACAAGGAGCUGAAAAUAAACGAAUGUUAAAAGAAAUUGAAGAUAAAAUUCUUGAAGUUUUAAGUUCAUCAUCAGGCAAUAUCCUCGAAGAUGAAGCUGCUAUUAAUGUUCUAUCAAGUUCAAAAUUAUUAGCAAAUGAUAUUAGUGAAAAACAAUUAGUAGCUGAAGAAACAGAAAAAAAAAUCGAUGCUGCUCGAUUAGGAUAUACACCUAUUGCUGUUCAUUCAACAAUUCUAUUCUUUUCAAUUGCUGAUUUAGCUAAUAUUGAACCUAUGUAUCAAUAUUCUCUAACAUGGUUUGUUAACUUAUUUAUUGCAUCAAUUGAAAAUUCGGAAAAAUCUGAUGUAUUGGAAACACGUUUAGCUAAUUUACGUAAUCAUUUUACAUAUUCAUUAUAUAGUAAUAUAUGUCGAUCAUUAUUUGAAAAAGAUAAAUUAUUAUUUUCAUUUUUAUUAUGUGUUAAUUUACUUAAAUAUGAUAAAAAAAUUGAUGAUGAAGAAUGGAGAUUUUUAUUAACGGGUGGUGUUGCAUUAACAAACACAUUUUCAAAUCCAACAGCAUGGUUACCAGUAAAAUCUUGGGAUGAACUUGUUCGUCUAGAUGAAUUAACAGUAUUUAAAGAUAUAAGAAAAAAUUUUCUUGCACAAAAAGAUGCUUGGAAAAUCGUUUAUGAUUCACUUGAACCACAUAAAGAAAAAUUUCCAGAAGAAUGGCAAAAAAAUUUACAAGAUUUUCAACGUAUGUGUGUUAUACGUUGUAUAAGACCAGAUAAAGUUGUACCAGCUGUACAAGAUUUCGUCCGUAUACAUUUGGGUCAAAAAUAUAUUGAACCACCACCAUUUGAUCUAGCUAAAUCAUAUCUAGAUUCAACAUGUACAACACCAAUUAUAUUUGUUUUAUCACCAGGUUCUGAUCCAAUGUCGUCAUUGAGUAAAUAUGCAGAUGAUAUGGGUUUUGGUGGUGCUAAAAUGCCAUCACUUUCAUUAGGUCAAGGACAAGGUCCAUAUGCUGUACAAAAUAUUCAAAAAGGUGUUAAAGAAGGCAAUUGGGUUGUAUUACAAAAUUGUCAUUUAGCUCCAUCAUGGAUGCCUCAACUUGAAAAGAUUUGCGAAGAAUUCAAUCCAGAUACUAUUCAUCCAGAUUUUCGUCUUUGGUUAACAUCAUAUCCAAGUAAUCAAUUUCCUGUAACUAUAUUACAAAAUGGUGUUAAAUUAACAAAUGAAGCACCAAAAGGUUUACGUUUCAAUCUUUUACGAUCAUAUUUAAGUGAUCCAAUUAAAGAUCCAGAAUUUUUUGGUAAUGCAAAAAAUCCACGUCCAUGGAAAAAACUUUUAUUUGGCCUUUGCUUCUUCCAUGCAUUAGUACAAGAACGACGAAAAUUUGGUCCAUUAGGAUGGAACAUUCCAUAUGAAUUCAAUGAAACUGAUUUACGUAUUUCUGUACAACAAUUGAAUAUGUUUCUUAAUCAAUAUGAUGAUGUUCAAUUUGAUGCUAUUAAAUAUUUAACAGGCGAAUGUAACUACGGUGGUCGUGUAACUGAUGAUUGGGAUCGCCGAACAUUAAAAACAUUACUCAGCCAAUUUUAUUCUCCACCUGUAAUUGAUUCCGAUGACUUUCGUUUUGAUGAUAGUGGCUUGUAUUAUGCACCACCUGAUGGUGAUUAUGAUUCAUAUAUGAAUUAUAUUCAAAAAUUACCAUUAAAUGCUGAUCCAAAUAUAUUUGGUUUUCAUGCAAAUGCUGAUAUUACAAAAGAUCAAAAUGAAACAAAUCAAUUAUUUGAAAAUAUCCUUCUAACACAGACUAAAUCAAAAGCGAAAGGAGGAUCUGGUAGUACAGGCAAAUCACCUGAUGAUCUUGUUAGUGAAGUAGCUUCUGAAAUUCUUACUAAAUUACCACCAAAUUUUAAUAUUGAAAUGGCUAUGAGAAAAUAUCCAACUGAAUAUAAACAAAGUAUGAAUACUGUACUUGUACAAGAAAUGGGUCGAUUUAAUCGACUCUUAAUAUCUGUUCGCCAAUCAUUAAUCGAUGUACAAAAAGCAAUUAAAGGUCUUGUUGUUAUGUCAGCAGAAUUAGAAGAAGUAUUUGGAUCAAUGCUUAAAUCAAAAAUUCCUGCUACAUGGAAAAAGAAAUCCUAUCCAUCGUUAAAACCAUUGGGCUCAUAUGUUAACGAUUUUAUUGCUCGACUAAAAUUUCUCCAGAAAGAAAAUAUGUUAUCGUUAACAGCACGAACACGUGUUUUAUCGUUACUUGGUGCAAUCGAACGUACAAACCAAUGUUGCCCAGCUCAUGGAGGUGGACUUAAAAGUGAUUAUGCUUUUGAAAUGGCAUGUUCAACAGUUCGAUUUGGUCCUGGUGUUAUUCAAGAACUUGGUUUUGAUCUUCGAAAUUUAAAUUGUAAAAAUAUUGCUUUAUUUACCGAUGAACGUAUUCGACAAUUGAAAUCAUUUGAAAAUGUUCUUCGUGCAUUAGAAACAAAACAAAUAAAAUAUAAAAUUUUUGAUAAAAUACGUGUUGAACCAACUGAUACUAGUUUUAAAGAAGCUAUUCAUUUUGCUUGUCAAGAAGAAUUUGAUGGUUAUGUCGCUGUUGGUGGUGGUUCUGUUAUGGAUACAUGUAAAGCAGCAAAUCUAUUUGCAUCAGCUCCAAAUAAAGAAGCAACAGAUUUUCUUGAUUAUGUUAAUCCACCAAUUGGUAAAGGUUUACCUGUACGACAUACACUUAAACCAUGUAUUGCUGUACCAACAACAGCUGGAACAGGUAGUGAAACAACUGGUGUAGCUAUAUUUGAUUAUGAAGAAUUACAUGCUAAAACUGGUAUUGCUCAUCGUUCAAUGAGACCAACACUUGGAUUAAUUGAUCCAGAUUUUGUUCAAACAAUGCCAUCACGUGUAGCAGCUAAUUCUGGUUUUGAUGUUCUAUGUCAUGCUAUUGAAUCCUAUACUGCUAUACCAUUUAAUCAACGUACACCAAGACCAAAAGAUCCAAUUGAACGACCAACAUAUCAAGGUUCAAAUCCAAUUAGUGAUAUUUGGUCAAUACAAUCCUUACGAGCUGUUGCUAAAUAUCUUAAACGAUCGAUUGUAUAUGAAAAUGAUGAUGCUGAAGCUCGAACACAAAUGCAUUUAGCAUCUACUAUGGCUGGUAUUGGUUUUGGUAAUGCUGGUGUUCAUCUUUGUCAUGGCAUGUCUUAUGGUAUAUCGGGUCAUGUUCGUACAUAUCAUGCUAAAGAUUAUCCAACAGAUCAUCCAAUUAUUCCACAUGGUCUAUCUGUUGUAAUGACUUCACCAGCGGUUUUUGAAUUUACUGCUCCUGCAUGUCCUGAACGUCAUUUAGAAGUUGCUUCUAUUUUAGCAACUGGUGGUGAAACAAAAAGUAAAUUUCUUAAUCGUCCACAUAAAGAUGCUGGUAAAAUUUUAAGUGAUGUUUUACGUCAAUUUUUAUAUGAUGUUCAUGUUGAUAAUGGUUUACAAGCACUUGGUUAUACAAAUAGUGACAUUCCAGCAUUAGUUAAAGCAACAAUACCACAACAACGUGUAACAAAAUUAGCACCAUUAACACAUACACAAGAAGAUUUAGCACGAUUAUUUGAAAAUUCAAUGAAACUAUUUUGA